AUGUUGCUUCCGGCAGGAUCAAAUGCCACAGUCGUCUUCUUCUCUUCUUUUUCUUCUGAAUUUCUUGUUGUUCUUAAUGAUGUAAAGCUAUCAUGGGAGGUUUAUGAUAAGGUUGGGAAGGUGAAUGAUGUUUAUACUGCUCGGAAAUUAUCAAAACUUGGUAAGCGAUUUGCAUUUGUUCGGUUUCUUAAAGUUAAAGAUGCUAUGUUGCCAGAACGAAAACUUAGGGACAUUUGGAUAGGAUCAUACCAUUUGUUUGCUUUUGUGGCUCGAUUUAGUCAAGAUGCUAAGAAUGGUGAUAAAGUUGAUGAGGGGCAUGAGAAUUCUUUUAGUAUGGGUAAUGGAGUCGUGGAUGAGGAGCUUUCUUCACCAAAUGUUGCUGCCACGAGAGGUGCCGCUGUAAACCAAAGUAAUCCGAUUGUGCCUUCUCCAGUUAUGGCGGCUGGGUGUGAGUUGCAAGGUAAUUCGCCUAUCUUGGUGGCGAAUGUGGAGGGGGAGGGGGCAUCUGAAUCACCAUCGUAA